AUGAAAAUAUAUAAUACAGGUCAAAUUGAGGUCACUUAUCCGGGUAUCGGACACUUUACAGUUUACGAUUUUCGGGAUCCUGUUUACCGUAAAAAUGUUUUGCUUCCUCAAAGUCCACAUCAAAUUGAUACACAAUUUUUACUCUACACUCUCGCCAACCAAUGGUAUCCCACAUUCAUACGUCUCGGCGACCGCAAGUCUGUCCGCGGAUCGAGAUUUGUGGCCAAAAAACCGACAAAAUUCAUAAUUCAUGGUUUUGUCGAUAAUAUUAUAUUAGGCCAAUGGAUGCACCAAUUAAAAGACCAAUUACUCAAACAGGAGGACUGUAAUGUUUUUCUGGUUGAUUGGAAAGGUGGCAAUGGGUGGCCAUACGAACAGGCCGUGGCCAACACUAGAGUUGUGGGACCAGUGCUGGGAUUGUUCAUCAAUGAGCUUAAGAUAACAUAUGGCUUAAAACCCAGUAAUGUCCAUAUAUUAGGCCAUUCAUUGGGCGCACAUAUAGCUGGUUAUGCGGGACAACGACUCAAUGGCACUAUUGGUCGUAUAACAGGUCUGGAUCCGGCCGGACCUGACUUUCAAGGACUAACCAAUCCGGCCGUCAAACUCGAUCCUACAGAUGCUAUAUUUGUGGACGCAAUACAUACUAAUGCCAAUCCAUUAAUUACAGAUUUCGGAUUAGGUAAUUAUGACACCCUGGGUCAUCUGGACUUUUAUCCCAAUGGAGGCAAUCAUCAACCUGGUUGUCCUAUUGAACGACUAACAUCAGUUCUAACGGGAGGACCCAUUGAAGGAGUUCGUCGACUAGUGUUUUGUAAUCAUCAGAGAUCUGUUGACUUUUAUAUGGCAUCACUAAUCAAUAGGUGGAUCAAACCGGUUGGCCAUAAAUGUCCAAACUAUGAGACAUUCAAAAGCGGAAAAUGUUGGGAUUGUGGCCCUAAUAAUGGUGUCAAAUGUGCUGUAAUGGGUAUCCACGCCAUACAGUCGGUACCUUUUAAGACACAAACACAGGGAAACAGAUAUUAUUUGAUAACAACUGAUCGAUUCCCAUAUUUUCAGUAA